GUGGCCUUGCGGGGUCUCAGUUCCGGUUGGAAGUUUUGCCUGUAGCUGUCCAUGGACCGCUUCUCGUGGUGCUCCGGGCUGCUGGACAUUGAUGAGACCCUGGUGAUCCAGCAGCGCGGGGUCCGGCUCUCUGAUGGGGAGGAAAAGACGAAAUUUGAUUCUGGAGCACUCCUUCUAACAACACACAGACUUCUUUGGAGAGACCAGAAAAAUCAUGAAUUCUGCAUUGCGAUUCCUCUUUCUCAGAUUGUUUUCACAGAGGAACAGGCAGGGGGCAUUGGAAAAAGUGCAAAAAUUGUUGUCCAUCUACAUCCUCCCACCCCGAACAAAGAACCAGGUCCCUACCAGAACAGCCGCUUCUCCUAUGUCAAGAUGUCCUUUAGAGAACACGGUCAAAUAGAGUUUCAUAGGCGUUUGUCAGAAGAGCUAACACAACGAAGAUGGGAGAGGUUAUCUGCAUCCCCUUCAAUCCAGCCAAACAAAGGUUCUCAGGGUGGACGAAUUAAAGCCGUCGGCAUUGUUGGCAUUGAGAGGAAACUGGAAGAAAAAAGAAAAGAGACUGACAAAAACAUUUCCGAGGCUUUUGAAGAUCUUAGCAAGUUGAUGGAAAAGGCCAAGGAAAUGGUGGAGCUGUCUAAAUCAAUAGCUAACAAAAUCAAAGAUAAACAGGGGGACAUCACAGAGGACGAGACCAUCCGCUUUAAAUCCUACCUACUGAGCAUGGGAAUAGUGAAUCCAGUUACCCGGGAAACGCACGGAUCUGGGACACACUAUCACAUGCAACUGGCUAAACAGCUGGCGACGAUGCUACAGACACCUCUGGAGGAGCGAGGUGGCAUAAUGUCUCUUACUGAAGCUUACUGUCUAGUAAACCGAGCUCGGGGCAUGGAGUUGCUGUCACCAGAGGAUUUGGUAAAUGCUUGCAGAGUGCUUGAAACCCUGAAACUCCCUCUGAGGCUUCGAAUUUUUGACAGUGGUGUCAUGGUGAUUGAACUUCAAUCUCAUAAUGAAGAGGAAAUGGUUGCUUCUGCUUUAGAAACGGUAUCUGAGAAAGGCUCGUUGACAUCUGAAGAGUUUGCCAAGAUUGUAGGAAUGUCAGUUCUCCUAGCUAAAGAAAGGUUGUUACUGGCUGAAAGCAUGGGACACCUCUGCAGGGAUGACUCCGUAGAAGGCUUGCGUUUUUAUCCAAACCUCUUUUUGACCCAGGCUUAAUGACUUGCCAGACAUAUGCACAGACUGGAAAACAAAUGACACCAUGCUGUCAGUGUGAAUUAUCAUGAUGAUGAUUGUCCUAAUUGAGCAUUACAGUUUCUUACGGGAGUUCUCCAGAAAGAAGGAUGCCAACACAAGAAUGGAUUUUCUUAUACUGUAUACCUGGGAGCACUGUGUUGGGAUUGAUAUGAAUGCAAUUAUGUUUCAUAUUUGGGUGUAAGAUGUAUUUUCUAUGUGAUUAUCAAUA